CUUCCUUCAAAGCACUUCAAAUCCCUAAAUUUCUUUGAAGUUGCCAUGGGAGAACCACCAAACUGUAGCUGCGGUAUACCAGCCACAGUGAAGACUUCGUGGACAGCUGAGAACCCAGGAAAGAAUUUCUAUGGAUGUGCCUAUUGUGAACAUACUAAUGGCGGAGGUGGCUGUGGGUACUUCAAGUGGCAUGAAACAAGCGGCUGUGAGAGAUGCGAUAAACUGGUGAGGCACACACGGAGGUUAACAAAGAAGGUGAAAGAUUUGGAGAUUGAUGUGGAGAAAAGAAAACAAAAAGAGCGCAGAAUGAAUCUGAUGCAAUUCAUGGCCAUUGUUACUGUAAUCUAUCAAUGGCUUUCGAAAGAGUAAUUUGGCUCUAGUUGCAUAU